AUGCAGAGCGCGGGGCCCUGCAAGCCGCUCUACGCGAUCGGCGACAGGAUGGCUGAGAGGGCGCAGUGGGACAUGGAUGCGCGCGCGCAGGCCAUGGAGCGCCACCAGGGCAAGAGGGAGUUCUUGAGGGGGCUGGAGUGCCAGUGCCAGCAUCUGGUCCGCCCGCAGCUGGAGGACGAGCUGGGGCCCGACGAGGCGUGGGACGAGCUGGUGGAGACGGUGCGCGAGGUGGGCCUGGCGCACGUCGGCGUCAAGGCGCGCGACACGAGGGAGAUGGAUGAGGCGACGGCGCAGCGCAAGAAGCUGUUGCAGGAGCGGGCGGCCAUUCGUCGUCGGCAUGUGGUCGAGGGUGAGGCGGCGACAUCGACGGAGGCCGAGGUGGAGAGGUGCGUGCAGGAGCUCAGGGCGCCGGCGGAGGCGGAGAGGGUGGGCGACGCGGCCACGGUCUGGAGGCUGGCCCACUUGCUCGGCGAGAGGGGGAAGGGCACGCGGCGUCGGGCGCACUGCGCACCCCGCCGCCUGGAGCACGCGGCGGCGGCGCGGCGCCAGCUCCUCGCGGGCCCCGGGCGCCCGGGGGGGCACGCGGCGACGGAGCUGGACUCGAGGCCGUACCUGGAGCAGCUCAGGCAGCCGCUGGUCAGGCGCUGCUCGGCGCGGGAGGCUGAGGAGGCGGCGGCGCUGGGCUUGAAGGAGCUGGAGGAGCGCCUGCGCAGGGGGGCGCAGCCUCGUCGCGCAGCGUCGCCGUGGUCGGCGCCUGUGCCAGCGUGGAGGAUGUGCUCGGCGCCGAGGUCGGCCCCGGCGCAGGGCGAGGGCAUCGGCUACAGGUCGGAGCCCCCGAGCAUGGAUGCGUUCAGGGAGCGGCUGCUGCACUGCCUGGCCCUCGUCCGCGCGUUCCAGGCUGCCCCUUUGGCGCGGCCCAGGUCUAGGGCGGCGGACAUCGGCAGGGUCACCCACGUGAUGCGCACCAUCGGCAAAUGCUUCGCCACGUUGUUGACGACGAGGGCUGAGCAGGAGAAGGCGGCGCCGAAUGACUUCGGCUUUGUCCCGGGGCGCUCUCGGGAUGGGGCGCUGGCGGUCACCGCGGCGGUGGCCGAGCGGGCGGCGCACUUCGGCCUCGCGGCGAUCGCGAGCUUCAAGGACUUGAGCAAGGCGUUCCAGUGCCCGCCCGCGGGCGACAUGAUGCGGGGCCUGGGGGGCUUGGCGCGCGCGGAGGAUCACCCCAUUGUGGCGCGCAGGGUCUUCGACUACCACUGUGAGGGCGUGCUCAUCGGCGACUCGAUCGGCCCGCCGCUCUUCCUCGAGGUGUUCACACCGGUGGCGACCGAGUGGGCCAUCGAGGACUCGGGUCGGCCCGACGCGCAGCUGUUGGAGGCGAAGUCCGUCGUCGCGGGCGCCGCGCUGGACCUCGGCCUCGCGAAGUUUGCGGAUGACCUCUGCAAGCGCUUCGUUUCGUGGCGCCACGACACGGUGAUCAAGAAUCACAAGGCCUCGGACGACCUGCUGGACAGGUUGCUGGAGCCGCGCGGGUUCCAGCAGAACAUCUCUAAGCAGUGCGCUAUGUGCGCCUUCCGUGGGGUUGGGGCCAGGGCCUGGACGAGGGCCUUCUUCGCGGGCAGGGCCCGCGUGGCGGCGGCCACGCGGGGCGUCGCGGACAUGGGGCGCUUCUGGAAGGCCGAGGCCUCCGUUGAGGUGGUGCGGCAGGUCUUCCGCUCUAAGGUGCUGGGGGCCCUCCUCUCGGGGACGGCGGCGGUCGUGCCCGCGCAGCCUUUCCUGGCCUCCCUGGGGGGGGGGGGGGGCGCGCUGCGCCUGGGCCGUUCGGCCCUGGGCGCGCGGGUGCUGAGGGGCUUCCUGGAGGAGGAGGGUUACCAGCAUAGGGCCAUGCCCUCCCAGGUCGUGCGCCAGCUGCUGCAGAUGGCGGACAUCGAGACCGAGCUGCGGGCGGGGAGGCUCGGGUUCAUGAAGUGCAUGGUGCGCCACCCUGGGGGCCACGAGAUGGAGCUCACGGCGCUAUUCGGCCAGCUGCCCUUCGCGCUGCAGCCCGUGCUGGGCGAGGACGGCCGCUCGGGCGAGGGGGCCUCGGCGCUCGCGAGGCUGCUGGUGGGCGACCUGGCGCGGCUCUUGCACGCGUCGGAGCGCGUGGACCUGCUGGAGGUGUGGGGCGAUCGCUGCAGGGUGCGCCGCGCGACGAGGUCCUUCAGCUCGACCCUCGUGUGCUCCGGGUCCGCGGAUGGGCGGCGCGGCAGGGCCAAGGCCGCCGCGAAGCCUCGCGCCCGCCGCCAGCAGCACGAGUUCGAGGAAAUGAUGGCCUCGAUGGCGCGCCUGGUGCUCUCGCACGACCUCCAGAUCCGCGGCCUCGAGUCGGCCUGCUACAUCGCGUUCAAGGUGCCGAUCGACAACGACAUGAUCAAGAACGCGAAGGACGCGGGCAAGAACUUCAGCAACAUGUGCCGCGGCAAGAGCCCCACGCAGCACGGCCUGGGACCGCCGCUGCUUUACCUUGUGGAGUCGGCGGUGCGCCCCCUCGCCAGCGCGGCGGAGGUGACGGGCACCGACCUGGAGGGGCCAGUGAAGGCGCUCCACGCUCAGGUCAGCGACAAGGAGUUCACGAUGUCCAGCUUCAAGUAUGUCAAGGUCAAGGACAUGUGCGACAAGGAGCACACCCGAGUGUGCGUGGCGGUGGGGGUGCCCGAGGUCGCGGCCACGUUCAAGAAGGCCACGAUCAAGGUCGGCAGCGAGGAUCUGCUGGGCACCGCACCGCCAGCCCGCUUUCCGCCCUGGGGCGUGCGCGGCAGGGUAGGCGGGUGCCUCCGCUUCGAUCACAUCCCGAGGCCAUGCGAUGAGCCGUGCGAUGAGCCGUGCGAGAGGCUGGCUGGCAAGGCGGCCGAGAGCAGCAGCGGCGACGGCGAGAAGCGGGCGGCCGAGGACGAGGCGCUCGAAGCGGCACCCGCGGGUGCGCCCCUGGCGAGGCGGUGGCUCGAGCGGCGAAGGCGAGCAGAAGCGGCAGCCGUGGCUGCGCCUCCCGGGCCCGCUGACACUGACUGCUCUCGGGAGCACGGCCCCGUCGAUGAGCCACGCUCGCGGGCGGAGCUGAGCGAGAAAGCGGCGGCCAAGGGCGAGGCGUUCGAAGCAGGAGAUGCAUUCUUCAGCUCCGCUGGAACUGCCUGCUCUGAGGAGCGCGGCCCCGUCGAUGCGCCAUGUUCGCGGGUGGAGCUUACCGCGGCGUUGAGGCGUAUGUUCGAGCCGCUGGCGAGCACCGGGGGGUACCUCGAGGAGGAGCGCAUCCAGGCCUCGCAGGCGCCGCGGAGCCCGCCCGCUGUCGACGCCAAGCAGCGGGUGUAUCCCAGCUCGUGUUGCGGAUCGGGCGGCAGCAGCACGGAGCAAGGCAACCCGCUGCCAGUGGAGCCCGCGCCCCCGGCCGAGGUGAUCCGAACGAGUGGGGCCAUCCUCGAGCUUCCAUGGGGCUUUUGGCCCCCGCCUGGCCUCGCGGUGCCCCCGGGCAUGCCGCCGUGGGUGCGGCGUGGACCAGGCGCCGCCCCGGUGGACGAGACCCACGCAAGCUCCGACUCCUCGUGCACCGACGAGGCUGCUGAGCCCCCUGGGCCGGCGGGCUGGCAGGAACCCGCGCAGGCGGCGCCAGCGGGCGGCACCAGGGAGUACCUCGAGGAGGAACGCACCCAGGCCGCGCAGGAGCCGCGGAGCCCGCCCGCUGUCGACGCCAGGCAGCAGGGGUAUCCCAGCUUGUGCUGCGGAUCGGACGGCAGCAGCGAGGAGGAAGGCAGCCCGCUGUCAGUGGAAGCCUGGGCGCGGGCCGAAGUGAUCCGGACGAACGGGGCCAUCCUCGAGCUUCCAGAGGGCUUUUGGCCCCCGCCUUGCCUCGCGGCGUCCCCGGGCAUGCUGCCGUGGGUGCGGCGUGGACCAGGCGCCGCCCCGGUGGACGAGCCCCGCGCAGGCUCCGACUCCCCGUGCACCGACGAGGCUGCUGAGCCCCCUGGGCUGGCGGGCUGGCAGGAGCCCGCACAGGCGGCGCCAGCGGGCGGCAAGGCAGGGGAGCCGCAGGGGAAGGUGCAAGAACUUACCGACGAUGCCCUUGGUGCCCUUCUGCGGCUCUGGAGCCAAAGCGAGGCAAACGGGCAGAGGGGCCUGGCGGCGACACUGAUCGCGCAGCCGUUCCAGCUCCAGGUCGAGGGUGUCGUCAUUGGCCGCAAGGCGCCGCACGCUCCAGAGCAGGCCUCUGUUGCCGAGGCUUUAGGGGCGUCCAGGCCCGCGGCUGCGGCGAAGGGCCGCGCGGCGCUGGCGCUGGGCCCGGGAGGAGCAUAUUUUUGUUGA